GCUAUUUGCAUCUCAAAAGUUGCAAAGACAUACGAGACUCUGCCCAUCUACCUGUCUACACAUUUCCCUAUGUAUCAUCAUAUGUAUAUGUAUUGGCCGCAAUAAUCCACCAGGGAAUGAAUGACAAACGGCCACCCAUCACCUUCUUUGUCACUCUCGGACCCUCGUCAUUACAUAUCAACCACCUCGAGCGAAACACACCCCAUCCUAAUAAAUAAUAAUUCCUCAACUUCCAAAUAUUAUUUUGGCUUAAUCCCACAACUUCACAAACAUUUUGAACCGGCAAUAGUAAUACGCCCAUCAUGUCCGUCGAAAUCGAUUCGCAAGAGCUUGGCUUUCACCGUCCGUUUACCACUGAGGUGUCGCAAACAUUGAGAAUCAGAAAUCCUAAUCGUACUCCUGUUGGUUUCAAGGUCAAGACCACUGCGCCCAAACAAUACUGCGUGCGGCCAAACUCUGGUAAAUUGGAGCCCGGAAGAAGCAUAGAUGUCACAGUUCUUUUACAGGCUAUGAAGGAUGAGCCACCUCUCGAUGCGAAGUGCAGAGAUAAAUUCUUAGUUCAGUCGGUCGAAAUUACACCAGAUAAGGAGUUUGUCGAUUCGCCCUCAAACCAUGUCGACCGAGCAGAUAAGAAGGAUAUUCAAGAGAAGAAGAUCCGAGUUGUUUUCCUCCCACCAAAGUCGACAGGAGCAGCAUCCAUUACACCUAUGAAAAAUGGCGUUAAUGGAGCAAAUAGUGCGCUUUCAACCCCAGAUACUGCCCCUCCAGCCUAUCGAUCAGUAUCUCCCGAAGAACAUUUCACCCCUGCAGCAAACCGUGUCGUACCAGGAAACUCAGGCCCAGCCCCCUCCGUCAGUAUCAACGACGAGCCAAUCGGCAAUCGCAACCUCGGCGAUGCUCGCUCUUCUGCUUUCAACCCCGCAGCUAGCACCAGCAGAGAAAGCAAUGCAUCCGCAGUCACCGCCCCAGCCGGAAUGCCUACCUCCGUCGAAGAACUCCAAGCCCAACUCACCGAAGCGAAGAAAACCAUCGCAUCCUACGCCGAACAAGGUGGCAUGAGAAUGAGAAAAGUGGCAAAUGGGGAAACGUCAAAUGAGACGGUCAAUGAAAUGGCUACCAAGUUGCAAGGUGUAGAAGGUGUGCCUGUACAAAUUGUCGCAGCUUUAUGUUUGCUUAGCUUCUUACUCGCAUACCUGUUCUUUUAAUCCAAAGUUGGGUGUGCUUGUUUGCUCGCAUUCUGACUUUUGGGUUGUGGUUUCUGGCUUUGAUGGGUUAUAGCGCUGCACCUCUCUUCCAUUAUUGUAUAAGAGGACAGACACGAAGCGAAAUAAUCAAUAUUGGGUGUCUUUCUGGUGCUCUCGGGUGCUGUUACUCUUAGGUACUGGUUUCUUGGGUUCUAGACCUCAUUCUUCUUCUUGUACUUCUGUGAAAGUAUAAGUACAAGAGAAGGGCACUCUAAUUUUACGACGGUUCCUCCA